CAGCACAUCAAGCAACGCAGUCAACCAUACUGUUCCUGUGCCGGGACGGCGGUUGAAUCGACGUUGGUUUUAUCUCCGGAGCCGGUGCCGAAGUGGGUCGAAGUGGACCAAUGAGAUCGAUAGGGAUUUUAGAGUCCACGGGGAAAGGUGUGGAUCUCUGAUAUGUCAGCCUGUAAGGGAGUAGGUAACUGUCGUAAGAAGGUUACAAAGAAAGCGGGGAAGUGAUGGGUGGUCACUCCUUCUACUAUGGAAGGUUUCAUGUCCUAAAAGCCGGAACAUAUUCCUGAUUCGAUUAUCAACCCAUAACUUCCGUUCAUAUAAGACUUGGUGACCCCUUCACCUCAAAGUGUGUCCAGCAUUAGUGGAUCGUACUUGAAUGACCACCACCGUCAAAUAAACCGCAACUGAUCUCUUCACCAAGAUGUCUGAUAUCCAUCUAUAUACGGCAGCGACGCCCAACGGCAUCAAGAUCUCGAUUCUGCUAGAGGAGCUAGGACUACCUUACAAGGUUACUGCUAUCAACCUUACCGAGAACACCCAGAAGGAACCGUGGUUCUUAGAGAUCAACCCGAAUGGCCGUAUUCCCGCGUUGACGGACACUUUCACUGAUGGCAAACCCAUCAGACUGUUCGAGAGCGGCUCGAUCAUGCAGUACUUGACUGACAGAUAUGAUACCGAGCACAAAGUGUCGUACCCCAAGGGGUCUAGAGAAUACUAUGAAGUGAACAACUGGCUUAUGUGGCAAAUGGGGGGACUUGGUCCAAUGCAGGGGCAGUUAAAUCAUUUUAACCUAUAUACCCCCGAGAAGAUCGAAUACGGCAUCAAUCGUUACAAGAACGAGACCCGCCGUCUAUACCGGACACUAGAGACACAGCUGAAGUCUUCAACGUCCGGCUAUGUAGUUGGUGAUCGUUGCACCUCGGCAGACAUCGCGUGUUGGGGAUGGGUCGCAUCAGCCAAAUGGGCUGGAAUCGACAUGGCCGAAUUCCCGGUCCUACAUCAAUGGGUCGAGCGACUGCUUAAACGACCUGGACUCGAAAAGGGUCGCCAUGUACCAUCGAAGGAUAUUUACGAAGCCCUCCAGAACAUUACUGAAGAGCAGAAAGAGGCGGCGGCUGUUGGAACUCGAAAGUGGAUUCAAGAUGGGAUGAAGGAAGAUGCGAAAUAAUGUCGCGGAAGCGUAAGUUGAACGUGCCUCCCACAGACAGGACGAUGCUGGGCCAAGACAGCCAAAAACAUGGAUCUAGCUUGUAUUAGAACGAAAUAAAUUCGAGUUCUGGGACAUAUAUGCUUCUCUGCUUUUCAAGGGGCUAAAGUGAGAAAAUGAAUAAAAGUAAUGAGAAUCUAUGGAUGGCUAUUCUUAGUUUCCUCGAUGGAGCAAUCAUGUAAACUGAUGAAAGUAG